AUAAUAAUUUAAAUUUUCGAGCUUUAACGCUAUCAUAACAUCAGUUAUUUUAGACAGUGUAGAUUCAGAACACAGGAGCUAGCUUAUAUGAGUAACAAACGUGACAAUGCGCUUGUGUAACUUGCAGACGUACUUCAUCCUAGCUUCUGCUUUUCAUGGAAUAUACAGAGUAACUUCAUUACAACAUGGAGAUGUUUGUACAUGCAAUUCACAAAGCCCUUCACCAAAAUCAAGCUCAUCAUCUACGUACCCAACUACGGUUCAAAAGUUGACUACUUCAACAGUUAAAGGUAAUCUAGAAACAGAUACCACUCUACAAGAGGCAACAAAAACAAAACCUACAUCUACAACCAAUAAUGAAUUAUCUACUUCUUUAGUAGAGCCAACUACAACAGAACCGACUUCUACAACCAAUACUAAACCAGGUACCACUCUAUCAGAGGCAACUAAAAUACCACUGACUUCUGCAUCCAAUACUGAAACAACUAUCACUCUACCAGAGCCAACUACAACAGAACCGACUUCAACAACCAAUACUGAAACAACUACCACUCUAUCUGAGGCAACUACAACAGAACCGACUUCAACAACCAAUACUGAAACAACUAUCACUCUAUCUGAGGCAACUACAACAGAACCGACUUCAACAACCAAUACUGAAACAACUACCACUCUAUCUGAGGCAACUACAACAGAACCGACUUCAACAACCAAUACUGAAACAACUACCACUCUAUCUGAGGCAACUACAACAGAACCGACUUCAACAACCAAUACUGAAACAACUACCACUCUAUCUGAGGCAACUACAACAGAACCGACUUCAACAACCAAUACUGAAACAACUACCACUCUAUCUGAGGCAACUACAACAGAACCGACUUCAACAACCAAUACUGAAACAACUACCACUCUAUCUGAGGCAACUACAACAAAACCGACUUCAACAACUAAUACUGAAACAACUACCACUCUAUCUGAGGCAACUACAACAGAACCGACUUCAACAACCAAUACUGAAACAACUACCACUCUAUCUGAGGCAACUACAACAGAACCGACUUCAACAACCAAUACUGAAACAACUACCACUCUAUCUGUGGCAACUACAACAGAACCGACUUCAACAACCAAUACUGAAACAACUACCACUCUAUCUGAGGCAACUACAACAGAACCGACUUCAACAACCAAUACUGAAACAACUACCACUCUAUCUGAGGCAACUACAACAGAAUCGACCAUUUCUGAUGAAAAAAGAAGAAGAAAGCGGGAGGCAAACGAGAGAGAACGAUCUGGUUUCUGGAGAAAUGGGCAUUGUGACUGCAACAGAAAUGCAUCAUCAACUUUCAGUAUUGGUAGUUAUAGUGUGCCAAUACAGCUGCAAUUAUCAUUACCAAAUGCUACGUUUCAUGAAUCGUCGAUGAAAACAUACGAACAGGAAUUUAAAGACAAGCUUACUCAGUUAUACAACAAUAUGGACAAAUUUCAACGAAUAAAUAUACUAGACGUGAAAAAGGGAAGUAUUGUCUGUGACUAUGAAGUCAUUUGCAAAGGAGAUGUGGAUUUACAGCAGAUAAAUACAACUACAAAAGAGAUGGCCGAUCAACCACUUAACUUAUCAUUUUGCGAGAACUGCACAGUGGAUGUAGAUAUAGCGGCUAUCGCACAAUCUUUACAGGCUGCGGAGCAAAGGAGGACUUCGAGUGCGUGUUCGAACUGUAUAAUUGGCGAAAGAUGUGUUCUUAAUUUGGACAAAGGUAAUGUUGAGUGCAUUGACCCUUGCAAAACAACGGAUAACGGAGGAUGCAUAAACGAUGGUGUUUGCUACUUUGAGAGACAGACAAAUUCCACACAGUGCAGAUGCCCAAGUAGCGGUGACCGUUUUGUUUACUCUGGAGAACAUUGCGAGAUUCCUGUUGAGAAACUGUCCCUGUCGUCGACAUACAUCGCUGCAAUAGCGGGUGGAAUAGGGGGAGCAAUCAUCGUAGUACUGUCAUUGGUCAUUAUUUGCCUUAUCGUAAGGAAAAUGAAACAGAAGAAUGUUGACAAAAAUGACAGUAUAAGCAUCGAGGAGUUAAAUCGAUUUCCUACAAAGGGCGGCGUGCGUCUUUCUUACGAUGGGUAUCCGUCAACAAAACGCAAGGACACAUUAACGGUUGAAGGGAAAGAACACAAGAUCACCAACAGCCUAGGAAACGAGAUGUAUAUGUACCAGCCGAAUCCAAGCGACAUUCGACGACAUCCUUCCUCACGUUUGUCGUCAUUGGAGGGUGACUACAGCAGACCAAGGACUGCAUCUGUGUAUGACUACAUCGACACUCAAUCAACGUUUGAGAUUCUGCGGCCAACUCUACGCCCAAAUAUCAACAGAAUAUGAACCACUUCAAAUCAUGUCUUUACACCAGCAUAAUUUCUAAUUGAUAUUUCUUGGCUCCAUUGUAAACAUGUUGUAUUUCAAAGUUUUAAAGUAACAUCAAACUAUGUUGCUAGCGUACCACAUUUAAAUUGGUCGAUAUUGCUGUACAUUAUUUUUGAAUCGCAUUGUAUUAAGAUAAACGUGAACACACUAGUGAUCAAUAUUGAUAUAGUGAUGUACGAGAAUGUAAUUCAUAAUAGUGCAUGUACUAUAAUGCAUAAUUCAAAAUUAUCUAAAGAUAAGUAAUAUAGUGUUGUAAAUUUAUCGUAGAUAAUUUGGUUAAAAAAUCAAGAGGGGAAGUGAAUCGAUCUUUAUAAUUGUGAUAGCAAAUGCUCGUCAGUCACUUGAAAUAGUUAGAAUCAGUACUUAAUGAAAUACUUGAUGAUUACUAUGUCGAGCAUUUCAGUCUUGAUAUAAAUCGAAUUUUAAGUCGAAUUAUAACAAUAUUAUAUCAGAAUAAGUAGGUUCAUAGUGAAUAAUAAAAUAAACCAAAUUGUGCUCUUUAAUAUAGAUCGGAUACGUAUCAAUUAUCAUUGAAGAGUUUUAUAAAUAGUGGAAGUUAUGACUGUGUUUAUAAACUGGAGUAUAGACAUAUAUAUUUAAUAUUAUAAACUAUUUUGUUAUUCGGAGUAAGUUAACACACAACAAUCAGAUCAUAUUGAUGACAAAUAUGCAUACUUGUUCGCUCAAGCUUGAAUUUUGUAUUCUAUAUAUAUUUCAAACCCAAUUCUAAACCUGACAUUCUUUAUAAGAGUUAUUUGUACUCGAAUACUAUAAUAGCAGCGUUUACACUUCUUAUUAACACAUCAGUAUUGUGCAAACGUUAUAACGUUCAAUUAUAUAUAUACAAUAGUGAUAUAAUUUAAUAUUUAAUAUAUUCAGAAAACUAUUUUCAAUUCUAUAGAUAUAUUUUUGUUUAAACCAUGGUAUACAUAAGCUUGUUUAUAAAUUGUUUCGCCUUGCAUGCAUACAAAAACACUCGUAUUACAUGAAUUUGGUUACGGGUCAUGUUGGUCUGUUUCAAAUAUGUAUUUUGUGCUAUAGCCUUUGAAUAAAGUUUCUUCUUCUUUCUACUAUGCACAAAACAAAAUCCCCACGACAUGUUUGAGAAGGAAGUUGUACAGCUGAUACUAUGUUUUAAUGGAUACACCUGUGGUUUGUAUCAAUUCUGACAGGAUUUGAGAUCUGUUUUAGUUGUAUUUGUUUCGUUGAAUUAACUUUCAUAAUUUCAUAUAAACAUGCGAGCCUAUGUGCGGUCUGUGCUCACCUGACCGUAACGACCUUUGACUAGGCGGGUUCUGAGAGUGCCAUUCAUUACGUUACUCUGUGCGCACUGAGCCAACUGGUAAUUUCUUAUUAAAAUUCGGACCCAACCACUCCCUUAUUCUUUCUCUUUUUUAUUUUGUUGUUUUAUCAUGCUGCUUAAGACGAUAAUGUUCAUUCAUGCAUUCAUUCAUACUUGCUUUAUGACUUACUAUUAAUAUAGUAUGUAUUGUUUGCUAUUAUAAAUGCUUGUAUAUCAGUUACCGUCAAUUGCGCUGAAUUGAGUGUCUCGUAUUGUUAUUAUGUGCGCGUUUACUCUUAGUUUG